GAGUGGAGAGACGCUGAGAGAGGACUCACACACACACACUCACACACACACUCACACACUCACACACAUUCAUUAUACCCGCACACACACGCAACACACACUUGGAGGAGAAAGACGCACCAAAAAGGCGCACGAAGGUCAGCGGCGUCUCACUCAGAUUCUGCGCGGUUUGUUUUCUGUCUCUCAACGGCAGAAGGAAAGAAAAAGUUUCCAGAAAGAGAGGAAGACGAGAGGAGUGUCGCUCGGGUCGAGCACGCAAGACAAUCGGUUGUCAUUGGCUUCUUUUUGUCCUGGAAAUAAUUUUUCAGUUUCUUCCCUCGGGUUGAUAUUUUUGGUUUUACGCGCCUGGCUGUGCCUGGUUGUGUCCGGGGGGAUCCCUCUGCUGAGAGCGGCUCAUCUGCACUGACGAGCCGGUGUUUGAUCAACAGUCCAGGAGAAGGAGAAAGAGAAGAAGAAGAGCUGGAUCAGGGCGGACCAAAGGGGGCCAAAAACUCACCAGGUAUGGCGGCGGUGUUGCCGAGAACCCUGGGUGAGCUGCAGCUCUACCGGAUCCUGCAGCGAGCGAACCUGCUCUACUAUUACGAGGCCUUCAUCCAGCAGGGCGGCGACGACGUGCAGCAGCUGUGUGAGGCCGGGGAGGAGGAGUUCCUGGAGAUUAUGGCCCUCGUCGGCAUGGCCAGCAAGCCGCUGCACGUGCGCCGCCUGCAGAAGGCGCUGCGGGACUGGGUCACCAACCCGGCCAUCUUCAACCAGCCGCUCACAUCGCUGCCCGUCUGCAGCAUCCCUGUCUACAAGCUGCCCGAGGGCUCGCCCACGCUGCUCAGCGGGCAGGACCGAGCCAACACGGCCAGUGUCAAGAUGCCCAAAGCCGUGGCCGCCGCCUGCUCCGACCCAGGGAAGCUGGAUGUGGCACGGGACAAGGUGUCAGCCGGGUCACCCCUGCAGGGCAGCAGCGAGGCUCGAUUCUGGUCGGGUCACAGCAACGACAGCGAGCACAGCCUGUCGCCGUCAGACCUCGGCUCCCCGUCCUCUCCGAGGGACGCGUUAGAGGCUCUGGACGCCGCAGCCGUCCAGUCAGUCCUGGAGUGUGUGGACAGGAUGGCACCCGGACUUCCUAAGACAGACCUAGCUGAGGUCAAAGAGCAGCUGAAGAACAACAAGAAACUGGCAAAGAUGAUCGGACACAUCUUUGAAAUGAGCGACGAUGACCCACGGAGGGAAGAGGAGAUUCGUAAAUACAGCGCCAUCUAUGGACGCUUUGACUCCAAGAGGCGGGAUGGCAAACACCUGACGCUACACGAGCUGACAGUGAACGAGGCGGCGGCUCAGCUCUGUAUGAGGGACAUGGCUCUGCUGACACGCCGAGACGAGCUGUUCGGACUCGCCCGCCAGAUUUCCAGAGAGGUCACCUACAAAUACACCUACCGCACCAGCAAGUCUCGCUGUGGAGACAGAGACGAGCCGUCCCCUAAAAGGAUUAAAACAGAGGAGAACUUCUUUGACAUCCAGGAGGCGCUGCAGGCCAUCCACAUGAGGCAGGAGAUGCUGAGGGAGCAGCUGGCCUGCGCCAAGUCAAAAGGAGAAGAAACCGUCGGACGAAAUCUGCAGAUGCAGCUGGAGCGUCUGCUGGCCAGGCAGAUGGAGAUCCUGCAGGACGCCGCCGUCCAGGAACGACUCCAGGCUCUGGACUGGAGGAUUCCCCCCGCCGCCUUAAAGUACCUCAACGACGCCCAGAACACCAACGGAGCUGACGCCACCAGGGACCACCAAGAUGAACGACCAAUCAACUUGCGGGUGGUUAGUCAGACCAUGCAGGAAGGCGACCUCCCACUUGGCAAGCAGCUAGCCAAUGAACUGAAGCGCCAUCACAACCACAACAACAACAACAACACAGACGAGACCAAAACACCAGCAACAGAAAACGGGACAUCGCAGAGAGUGUCCAGCAACACAGACAAGAAGACGAUCAAGUCAGAGCCAGAAGACUCCACAUAGUGCCUCCUGCCUCGCUCUACCACCCUCCUUUACCCCUUGUACCCACCCUCAAUUCAUUCUACUCACACUUGACAGUAUGCAGUUAUUACCCGUCAAUACAUAGAUACUAAGCAAGCACAGCCACAGUAGAGCCUUAACAACCAAUGUUGCCUCAUGAAUAGCAUUUAUUUUUCUUUGAUUUUGUGUUUUGUUUUGUUUUUUUGUUUAAAAGGUAUUUGCCAAAGCACCUAGAGAGCAUGUGGAGAAGCCCUUCUGUGCUCCACAGGUCUUUGUCUGUUGAUUAACUGUACACGUUAGAUAAUGUAAUUUAAGAGCGAUCUGUUGCAGACAUUUGUAUACUAUUUACCUCUGCCUGGGUGGUAUUUUUGUUGCUUUCUUUGGACAGCCAGUUUACAGGCUGUGGUGCCGGGUUGAGUCUUAACUCAAAUGUAGAUUCAGAGAUGAAACAGAAACAAAAUGUCCAAACUGUGGCACGUUCAGCAUCUUUUAUAUGACUACCAUAUUCAAUCUUUGAUGGCCUCCUUUACUCACUUGUACCUUAAAGCUGCAGAUGCUGCCAGUAUUGAGUCUAAAAUUUCAAAUUCCAAAAUAUUUCAAGUAUCCAGUGUUUCUCGCAAAGAGAAAUCGCAGGUUUUUAACUACAGUAGUGGUGGUGCUUCUUUCGGAGUGGUAAAUCCCCCACUUUGGUCCAGACAGAAAUAUCUUGAUAAAUAUUAGAUGGAUUGCCAUGAAAUUUGGUAAGGACAUUCAUGCACCUCAGAGGAUAAAUCCUAAAGACUUUGGUGGUCCUCUGAUAUUUGAUUUAACGCCAUCUGCAGAGUCAGAGUGAAAUAUCUUGACAUCAUGAAGUCAAAACUUAAUUAUCCAGUACUUUGUUUUAUCACCAAAUACCUGCAGAACUAAUGAUAUUCCCAUCAGCCACAGCUGUACAUAUUGUAUGGUGCUAAUUAAUUAUUAGCUUAGAUGGUGACCAUGGCAAACACUACUAGCUAAACAUUAGCUUGCAGCGUGUCUGUAGACUUGUAGUCUUGGAUAGGAAUAUCUGGUAUGUGGAAUUAAUCACUAUUACUCUAAAAGUACAUUAUUAAUGCGUCCACAAUAGAUUCAAACACAGCGCAUCAACACAUAGUGUUUGAUGUUGAUGUUUACUGAUUUUGAGAUGGCUGGUAUCCAAACAUUCACUGUCCAUUUUCAUUACCAACAAUACAAGGCAACUAGAACUAAAUAAGAAGAUCUUAAAACUUACCAGCAAAAGCCAAAGAUUUAGCAGCAUUUGGCUGGCUGCUUAUUGUCAUUUCCCUGGCCGUCACCCCAGAUCUUCUGAGCUCCAUCAUUCUCCCAAAUCCAACUUAGGUGUCUGCAUUUGUACUGUAACUCAAAACAAAGGUGUAAAAGUACUGUAGGGAGAUUGAGUUAGGAUUCAGCCCGGGUUAGUUUUUUUGUCGUUCACUUAAAAUGGGAAAACAGGAGAGGUGGAAUUAAUCCUUCCUUCCUCGCUCUUGUCUUGUGUAUAUUUAUCGGAGGUAAUAUAAGAAGAGGAUGUAUAGCAUGUUGUGGAAUAACAGCAGGGGACUUCUGUCAUUUGUCUUGGCAGGAGUGCUGGGCUGGCAUGCCGGAGGCCAAGUUAAUUGGUUCAUUUCACUUUGUAAUUUAGCAAAACACUGCUGUUGAACCGAAACCACGCAUCUGCAAACAGGGAGUGUUUCAGGAAUAAAGCCUGUGUAUUUUUUAGAUCCAACCAGCUUUCAGCAGGCCCCACAGAUCGUUAAAAUCACUCAACAUGUAAACUUUCAACUGAAAGAAUCUAAUAUUAAAGAUUGCAGGUAUGUGGUUUUUCAACAACAGCAGCAAAAAGCAAAAUUCCUGUUUAUUGCUGUUCUUCGUGGAGCAGCAGCCUGGGGUCUGUAAAUAGUACCAAGAUAACAAAUAGUGCUAGCCUAAUCUCUCAACCAGGGUUUUCCUUUGUCAAGUGUAACUUUGCUGUAGAUUUUUGGUGUCAAUACAGUGUUUAUGUAUGUAGAGCAAAAACAAAAAAAAGAAAACUUAAGUGUCAUUGAGGAAAAAAUACAACAGUGUGAAAGUGUCUGGUAUAUAAAAACAUGCUUUACAUGAUGAUAAUGUUGAUUAGCCUUAGCUCUUAACAGUGUUUAAUCCACCUGUGAUGGCCAUCAGUGCAUAUUUCAAAGAUGUGUUUUUGCUGUUUAGAGGUAAUUACAUAACAACUAAGUGUUCACUGUGUUUUUAUGUGUUUGCCACACUGUGUAAAUACGUCUGUUUGGUCCAAAAUGAUAAUAAUGUCCAUACAAUUUGGUCUAACUCUCCUUUCCCCCCUUACUCCCUGCAUAUAGUUUAGUCUCACUCAGCGUAAUGACAGACCAAUGCAAUAUUUAUGUAAGUAAUAAGUCUAUUUGCAUACUAUAUGGAUCCAUAGUUUUGUCAUGUGCUCAGUAACUGUAUGUCUGUCAAGGUGGGAAUUCACCUGCAACUUGGCAAAUGUUUGUGUUGUCUUACUUUUAGUGUGCAAAGAUGUGUUCUUUUCAUGAAAUUCCAUGAGGUUGUUUUGUUUCAAGCAGCCACUGUGGCAAGAAACUAUCAUUUGGAGUCGUGAUCUGUUGUAAAAAUCUUGUUUACUAAAGCUAAAUUAGCUAGUGAAUUCUGGGAGAUAAGGCCAUCGUGGUUCGGGGACAAAAACAAUCUUUUGUUUCCAGCCUGAUUGCCUCAAACACUGGCCUAGUUAGCGUGACUGUACGAUGUUUCAGAGAAUAGCGCAUGUCUGACCUGCCGUCUCACUGACCACUGUUCUCCUCACUGUUUAUUGUAAAGUGAUAGAUUAGGCUUCACCUAGUUAUGCACCUGUUUUUUAAACACUAAUAUAUUUUAUUUGUUAUACAGCACAUAAACAUUAAACUUUAUUUUUUUGAA